AUGUCGGGUGAGUACCGGUCGCUGCUACGUCGCGUGCCCCUGUACAACAAGCGCGGUGUUGCGGGUGGUGGACCACCCGCACCGUUGGAGGUCCCCACCCUGCAACCACCGCAGAGGCACCCUGGAGGAUCCGAAUCCCUCGUAUCGCCCUGGAUCCACGAGUGCGAGUCCCUAGAAGCGCAGUUGCAAGGGUACAUCGGGCAAGGUGCCCUGUUCGACCAAUGGUACGCCUCAACGUACCUUGCGCACAAACCUGCUGGGCUGCUCUCCCAUAAAGUGCUGUCGCCAACAAGACCACAACCGUCAGAGUAA